AUGGCUCACCAAGACAAGGCCGUGGGCGCCGAGGUGCUUCCAGCCGUCAGCCACCACAAUGACCAGGGCGAGGCCAUCACGGCCAUGCAGAACGAGCGCCAGAUGAGCGUCAGGGACUCGUUCCGCUUCUGGCCCAAGGCGAUUCUCUUCUCCUUCAUCAUUUCCCUCGCCAUCAUCAUGGAGGGUUAUGACACAAACUUGAUGAGCAACUUCUAUGUCUUCCCGGCCUUCAUGAAGAGAUACGGCGACCAGGUCGGUCCCGAUGGGGAACCUCUGAUCUCGGCCCGCUGGCAGACCAUCAUCAACAACGGCACCCAGGUCGGUUCCAUCAUCGGCCUCAUCAUCAACGGCUUCAUCACCGAGUGGAUCGGCUACAAGAAGACCAUGAUCGUCUCCAUGAUUGCCAUGAUCGGCGCCGUCUUCAUCCCCUUCUUCUCCAACGGCCUGCCCAUGUUCUUGGCCGGAGCCCUGAUCCAGGGUGUGCCGUGGGGCAUCUUCCAGACCCUCGCCGUCACCUACGCCGCCGACAUCUGCCCCAUGUCCUUGAGAGGUUACAUGACAUCCUGGGUCAACAUGUGCUGGGUCAUCGGACAGCUGAUUAGCAGUGGCAUGCUCCGCGGACUGCUGCAAAUCGACAACGAGUGGGGAUACCGCAUCCCCUUCGCCAUCCAGUGGGUCUGGCCCGUUCCCAUCAUCAUCGGCACGCUCUUCGCCCCCGAGAGCCCCUGGUGGCUCGUCCGCCAGAACCGCCUCGAAGAGGCCAAGGAGUCGGUCCGCCGGCUGACGUCCCCCCAGAGCGGCGUCGAGUUCGACCUCGACGCCCACAUUGAGAUGAUGCGCCUCACGAACCAGUUCGAGAUCGAGGUCAGCUCGGGCGCCCACUACUGGGACUGCUUCCGCGGCGUCGACCUCCGCCGCACCGAGAUUGCAUGCAUGGUCUGGCUGACCCAGUCCUUCUGCGGCGUGCCCUUCAUGGGCUACGGCACCCAGUUCAUGAUCAACGCCGGCCUCAGCAACGAGAACGGCUUCACCAUGAGCCUGAUCCAGAACUGCAUCGGCCUCAUCGGCUGCAUCAUCGCCUGGUACAUCAUGACCCACAUCGGCCGCCGCACGCUGUACCUCGCCGGCCUGUCCGCCAUGUUCGUCAUCCUCAUCGUCAUCGGCGGCAUCGGCAUCCCCCAGGACGAGGCCGGCCUGCCCGCGAGGUCCUGGGCCGUCGGCUCCCUCAUCAUCGUCAUGCUCUUCGCCUUCCAGCUCAGCGUCGGCCCUUCCUGCUACACCCUCGUCGCCGAGGUGCCCUCCACCCGCCUCCGCGUCAAGACCGUCGCCCUCUCGCGCGCCUUCUACAACUCGGGCGGCUUCAUCGUCAAUGCCAUCCAGCCCAAGAUCGUCGGCGUCAACGACUGGAACUGGGGCGCCCGCGGCGGCUUCUUCUGGGCCGGCAUCACCCUGCUGUUCCUGACCUGGACCUUCUUCCGCCUCCCGGAGCCCUUUGGCCUCACUUACUCGGAGCUCGACCUGCUGUUCGAGCACCGCGUCGGCGCCCGUCACUUCUCUCAGGAGGCCGCCGAUUCUCUGCGCCCGCAGUUGGAGGAGGUCGCCAACCGCAAUGAGAAGGUGACCGCUGUCGUGAGCCACCAGGAGAGUUAG